GCCAGCCUGCACCACACCACCUCUCCCGUGAGAGGCCAGAGGAACAAGGGGCCUGGGACCUGCUCGCACUCCUCCGCCUCCGACUACGAGCUCUCGCUCGACCUCAAAAACAAGCAGGUGGAAAUGCUAGAGCACAAAUACGGCGGCCAUCUUAUCUCACGCCGAGCCGCCUGCAAGAUCCAGACCGCCUUCCGCCAGUACCAGCUCAGCAAGAACUUCGAGAAGAUCCGCAACUCGCUGCUGGAGAGCCGCCUCCCACGCCGCAUCUCCAUGCGCAAGGUGCGCGUCCAGAACACGGAGGGCUUCUCGGCUGAGAAGGCCCUGAUGGAAGGCUACAACUUCAUGGGCAUCCCCCUGGUGCGCUCCCCCUCCCUGCCCACCGCCAUCGGCGGCACGCUGACCGACCUGGAGGACUCGUUCACGGAGCAGGUGCAGUCCCUGGCCAAGUCCAUUGACGACGCCCUCAGCAACUGGAGCCUGAAGACCAUGUGUUCCCUUCAAGAUGGAGGCACCUACCAGUUCACCGAGACCUUCAGCUCUGGGGCGCCUGGGACAGGAAUCGGAGCCGCGGAGCCAGGAAUGGACCCCGCCGCUCUACAGGAAGUGGGCCAGGAGGACAACCCAGACAACUUGCCGCGGAGCGCCAGCAAGCUGAUGAUGGCGUUCCGCGACGUGACGGUGCAGAUCGACAACCAGAACUUCCACGUGUCCUCCUCUGUCAUGGAGUCCACCUCCGUCUCCCUCGGCAACUGCGUCCAGGAAGGGGGCGCCGUCGAGGGCGACCGAGACCCCAAAGACCCUCCGGAGGGGGAGCGGGAGCCACCUCCCCAGGACGAAGGGGACCCUCCAGACCCCGGGGAGGCGGACUUCGAGUUCCCGGCCCCUCCCCCGGAGGAGCUCGGCGAGGAGCUGCUGCAGGAGCUCGCCCUGGAGAAGGUGGAGCCCCCGGAGCUCGAUCCCCCGCCCCGGGUUGAGGUGGAGGAGAUUGACGCCGGGCCGGAGGUCUUGGAGGCCAAGCGGAGCGAGUCAGAGACGGCGGACAACAGCUCGGAGCAGAUGAGCAGCAGCAGCACCUCCACCUCGGCCAAGUCGGCCUCCGAGGCCUCCUCCAAAGAGGCCCUGCAGGCCAUGAUCCUCAGCCUGCCCCGCUACCACUGCGAGAACCCAGCCAGCUGCAAGUCCCCCACCCUGUCCACCGACGUCAUGCGCAAGCGGCUCUACAGGAUCGGCCUCAACCUCUUCAACGUGAACCCGGACAGAGGAAUCCAGUUCCUCAUCUCCAGAGGCUUCAUCCCGGACACGCCCAUUGGCGUGGCCCACUUCCUGCUGCAGAGGAAGGGGCUGAGCCGGCAGAUGAUCGGCGAGUUUCUGGGCAACAGCAAGAAGCAGUUCAACAGGGACGUGCUGGACUGUGUGGUGGAUGAGAUGGACUUCUCCGGGAUGGAGCUGGACGAGGCCCUGCGGAAGUUCCAGGCCCACAUCCGGGUCCAGGGAGAGGCCCAGAAGGUGGAGAGGCUCAUUGAGGCCUUCAGUCAGCGCUACUGCAUGUGCAACCCCGACGUGGUACAGCAGUUCCACAACCCCGACACCAUCUUCAUCUUGGCCUUCGCCAUCAUCCUCCUCAACACGGACAUGUACAGCCCCAACAUCAAGCCCGACCGCAAGAUGAUGCUGGAGGACUUCAUUCGCAACCUGAGAGGGGUGGAUGACGGGGCGGACAUCCCGCGGGACAUGGUGGUGGGGAUCUACGAGCGCAUCCAGCUGAGGGAGCUGCGCUCCAACGAGGACCACGUCACCUACGUCACCAAGGUGGAGCAGUCCAUCGUGGGCAUGAAGACUGUGCUUUCUGUGCCCCAUCGGAGGCUGGUGUGCUGCAGCCGCCUCUUCGAAGUGUCCGACGUCAACAAGGCCCAGAAGCAGGCCGCCCACCAGAGGGAGGUCUUCCUCUUCAAUGACCUCAUCGUGAUCCUGAAGUUGAGCCCAAAGAAAAAGAGCUCAGCUACCUACACCUUCUGUAAAGCCAUGGGUCUCCUGGGAAUGCAGUUCCACCUCUUUGAAAACGAGUACUACCCCCACGGGAUCACCAUCGUGUCGCCCUACUCGGGCUCGGAGAAGAAGCAGGUGCUCAACUUCUGCGUCCAGAGUGCCGAGGAGCUGCUGAAGUUUGUGGAGGACCUGAAGGAGUCCAUUGCCGAGGUGUCUGAGAUGGAGCAGAUCCGCAUCGACUGGGAGCUGGAGAGGCAGCAGGGGGGCAAGGCUCACUGCGGCAGGAAUAACGGAACUCAGGUGGAGCUUCGGGGGAAGCGAGGCUCCCCACCAGGCAAGCUGGACCUUGAAGAAAGGAGCGGGAACAAUGCAGUGGAGGCUUCGAACGUACCAGCUCAGCGCGUCCCGGAGCCCUGAGAGAGUCUGCCUCCCCGGUGCCCUCCGGGGGGAGCUGUUCUACCCGCAGCUCCAGCCCACGCCCGUCCACCUGCCCCAGCUGGUGGACCUGCACCCCGACACGCUCAUCC